AGGAACCUAGUGACAAAAAGAGACAAGCGUUUGUAUCAAGACCCCACACAGAAUAAACAGCACAAAGCCGAGUCAAACAGAGCCGAGCCGAGUCGAGCCGAAACGAGCCACGAGAACAAACAAACGAAGAGCAGAGCAGAGCAGCAGCUAGAGCCAAGAAUUGCGCACGCACCGUACACGUACAGAGAGAGAGAGAGAGACUCGCAAUGGAACAAACGACCAUCACCGAGGUCCGAUCCCUCCGGGGCAUGUCUGCCCUGGGAUUUGCCGCCGCCUUCAUCCUCGACGCCGACGAGAGCAGCGGAAGCACCACCGGUGGCACGGGCAUGAACAUCGGUGGCAACAGCCGCGUUCUGUCACCGGCCCUCCUGACCCCCCAGCAGCAAAGGCAGCUGCUCCGGUUCUCCAUGGCGUCCCCGAACGCACACGCACACGCUCACACAGGCGCAAGCACGAAUCCAGCCUCCACCAAGCGCUCCCUGGAAACAACGAUCGCCACGGACCUCGACGUCGUCCUCGGGCGCAAGAAAUCCUGCCCGUCCCGCAAGGAGUUCCGGAGGCUCAUCGGGGCCUACGCCCCCGAGUACCAGAGCGCCGGGACCAGCACACCGCGGCGCAACGCCAUCGUCGAGGAGAUCCGGGACCGAUUCCGGAACGGCAACGGCAAGGAACCAAAACGGCGCUUCCUGAGGCCGCUGCCCAAGCAGCAGCAGCCAAAGAGGAAGAAGACCAGCAAGGGGCAGCAUCAACAAGAACCACAAGCGGAAGAGCUCUGCGUCGAGCUGGAUGAACGGGAAUUUGCCACCAAGAUCGUAAGUCGGGUUGAGUAGUGUAGUAUCAGUGUGGCAGUCCACCUUGUGCCCGCGGUUUACAGUGCUGUUGUGUUCUGUACUGUUGUGGUUUGGUUUGGUUUGAACUGUAUUGGAUUCGAUUCGAUUCGAUUGGAUUGGAUUGUGCUCGUAUUUUGCCGCUCUGCUUUGCCUUGCUUUCCAUGUUUUAGCCAGCAUUCCAAGCAUUCGUCUUACCCCCACCCUCUCUUUGUAUUCUUUGAAAUCCAACUGGAACAUCGGAUACAUGCAUCACAAUACACACUUGCAUGUGCACAUUGAUGUAUUUCUACAUACCUAUGCCAUAACGGUACAACACACGAAAAUACAACAAUCAAUACACAAACAAAUAACAAACAAUAUGCAACAACAAAACGAAACGAACCACAGAGACAGGCUUUGAAAGAGAAACGAUCUGCAAUCAACAAAUCCUACAAUCUUCCUUCUUCAAAGCCGAACCAACACUCCCCGAAGCGCCGCCAUUCCGGAUAUAAUCCUGCGGGCCAGGGUGGCGGCAGCAGUGCAAGCAGCCGGAGCAACCAAAAAACCAGCCAGGGAAAAAGCGGUGCCGGCACACACCGAGACAACAACGGCUUUGGAAGCGAGGAGGAGGAAGACGACCACGAUCACUUUGAGAUCGGUGACACGGUCUUUGCGGUGGGCCUCACCGGGGACCGAGCGUGCUACGAAGGAAAGAAGGGAACCAUUCUCUUUCGAAGGGGUAAAAACAGCAGCGGUGCUGGUAGCGAAGGCAACGACAACGAACCAACCAGGGCGGAGGUGCCGGUGUUCGGGGUGGACUUUGGAGGAAAGGGUGCAAAAAAAUUCAACAACGGCACAAAGGACGACACGAACAAAAGCACGACGGUGGUACUGGAGGGGAAGAACCUGGUGCGGUUCCUGGCCAUUGGUGCCACCGUCAAGGUGCAAAAACCGGGGAGGGACAACGAGUCGUCGCCGCCGCCACAAGGGAGCCGCGACCCCUCGUGGCGCUGCCACGGGUGGCAGGGAAGCACCGUCUCCUUUGAACUCAAUGUCACACCGUCCCGUAGACCACCGAGCAGCGGCAGCAACACCACCGGCAGCAGCCGCCGGUUCGAUCUGGUGUACAAGGUGUGGUUCUCCCACUCGAACGAGGUCGUGGAGCUGUCCUCGAAGCGGCUGAGGGCGGUGACAGCGGGGAGCUCGGAGGAAGAAGCAGGAGGCGCAACGAAAAACAAAACAGAAGGGGGGACCGGAGACAGCGGCGACCAGCGCAGAGACUCCGAGGGCGGAAACGGCGACACGGGGAAGGGUCCAAGCAGGGACAGCAAGGGUGACAAAGACAGCAGCAACAAUGCGGGGAUCAAAACUAGUGCCAACAACAGCGAUUCCGAUAACAACGAUUCCAGCAAAAGCAAAGAUAACCAAAAUGAAAAGAACUGUGCUAACGACAGCAAAGAAAGCGACAGUGGCGUCACCGACGAAAGCACCGAGGCAAGUCGGAAGCGGCCAUCUUCGUCCUCGUCUUCGUCAUCGAUAUCUUCUCCUCCCGCCAAGAAACGAUUGCCACCUCGUCCCACGAGCGAAACCACCGAAGCGUUACCGGAAGCAUCAUCAUCAGCAGCAGCAGGAGCAAAUGGAUCACAAAACAACAGCACAGAAAACAACAGCAAUCCCGACAACGACAGUACUAAACAGCGGGAUUACGAAUUGUACCCCAUCGGAACCCGCACCAAAAAGUUUUUCCCUCAGGUCCGAGCCUGGUUCCAGGGAACCAUCAAGUCCUACAAUCCAGAGAGCGGCUUCUACUCGAUCGAAUACGAGGACGGAGACAGGGAGGAACUCGAGCACUACGAGGUUGCAACCGGGUUGCUGCCUCCACACAAAUACGACAUCGGAUUCAGCUACCAGAUGGAAUUGUUUUCAAAAAUAGAUGGGUCAAACCUUGGCUGGUUCGAUGCAACCGUUCAGGGGAAGUGCUACGUCAGCCAGGGUAAGGCACGAGGGUGGCGGUACCAGGUAGUCUAUUCGGAUGGCGACGAGGAGGACGUUAUUGAAAAGCUGCUUACGAAGCGCUUCCGAGAGGCACGCCAUCAUAAGAACGAAGGCGCGAGCAACGCUAUCAAGAAAAAUACUGAAGUGAAUCCAAACGAGAAUAUAGAUGCAACCACCGAGCGGGGGUUGGAAACGCCCCCAAAUAAAGUAGUAGAAGAAAGAGUAAAAAACGACGAAGAUUCUUCUUGCUCUUCCUCCUGUGACAAGGACGAGAACGUGGAGGAGGACUUGGACGAGGAUGAGGAUGAUAGCGAGGAGUCCUCAUCCAGUGGCAGUGAAGACAAUUCAGACCAACCGAACAAGUCACACGAAAAGGUCAAAACGAGAAUUCCCCACUGGUCCGGGAAAGAACACGACCGGUUCUUUGUCGGGCUUCUUGAGUACGGAUAUGGGAAUCUAGAAGAUAUACAUGAGGCGGGAUGUAUACCUUCACGGUCGUUUCGCGAACUGGUGCGGUACUGGAGAUGGUUCCGUGCCGAUCUAGAACAAAAAGGCAUCGACAUCGACUUUGAUCGCAGGGGAACGGUCAACGGGAAAAAAGGAACAAAGUUCGAUCCCGCCGAUCUCAAGGAACAAUCUAAACCAAGCGAAGACGACCACGAAACUCCUCGGACAGGUCCCUGGAGCGAGUGGGAGAAGCAAGCGGUCGUGAAAGCCUUUGCAUUCCACGGAUCGUCCUACAAGGAAAUGAGCGAAUUUAUGAAAACACGGACCGCUAACCAGAUCGCGAGCUAUUGUUGUCACAACAAGGCGAAGAUCAAGAAGGAGGUUCAAAAAUGCCACGAGCAAGCCUGUAAACAAGCAAAUUCCCCUGGGGGCAAACGCGGGUCGCCCACCAGCGAAAAUGGGACUAGGAAUGGGAACCGUCGUGUCCGCCGGAGGGCAGAUGCUGCUGUCGAUGAGGCCGACGACAAGGGCUAUCGAUCCUGGACCUCCGGAGAGCACGAGGCGCUGGUGUCUGCAAUGGCGAGUUAUGGGCACCAGAACUAUGACAAACAAUCUUUGUACGUGAAAUCACGGUCACCGGAUCAAAUCCGAAAAUACGUUCGUCGGAACACGGAUCGGUUGACGAAGGCCGCAAAUAGUUUGGCGAGGGAGAAUCGCAGACUACAAGCCACCAAGGCGCAUUUGUCCAGGCAGUGGUCGGACACGGAAUUGGGCCUGCUUGUCGAGGCCCAUGCCCUUUAUGGAAAUGACUGCGAGAUGAUCUCUGCAUACGUUGGGACGCGGUCGGUCGAUCAGGUGAAAACUGUUCUUGAAAAUUACGAGGACUACGGAUUUGAUCUUGGAUACUAUCUGACUUUUCCAGACGAGCUGUACCACGUUCUGAAUGUUGCGCCCUUUGAAAACCUAGACCACAUAUUGUCAUGGAGCAGCGAUGGCAAAUCCUUUCUCAUUCACGACGAAGGUAAGAGCCUCUCUUUUCCGUAACGCAGCAUGCAAAGUAUGCCCCAGCCGUGCGAAUCUUCGACUACGAUCCACUUGCGCAUGAAUGUCCAAAAAAGAACACCUCUACUAGUAUCCACUCACGUUUCAUUGGUUCUCUACUGCGAUACGAAACAUGUGCAUUGUAUUGCAAUGAAUAACCUUGCGAUAACAUUGUUGUUUGGGGGUUCCUCAGAAAAAUUUCGCACUGUUGUGUUUCCGAGGUAUUCGCGCAAGGGGACGAGCAGUGAUCGAUUCUACGGCAGCCUCAAGCGAUUUGGAUUUAGCAGGGAAGAACCAGAUGGUGGUGCGGAGCAAUCGGUUGCACAAUAUUCCCACCCGAGCUUUCGAAGAGGCCAGUACAAGAAAGUGCUCGAGAUGCCGCACCAGGUAUAUUCGUCGAGCAUAACGGGAAACAAAGCAAAAACAUGAUCGGAGCGUUCAGAAUCCAAGCGCAAGCGUUUCCAUUUUUGAACGACGAUGUCUCGGUUCCACGCAUUUAUUUUACAGUUACUUGCAUCUUAUAAUUUUGAACACCAACGAACAAACAUAGUAAUAACUAAUAACAGCAUAU